GUUUACUUUACCGUCUAGUUUGUUUUCCGCCAUCAUUACCUUAUCUUUUACGUUCAUUACCUAACCUCUUCUCUUUUCAGCCCUCGACCUUCUCGCCCUCGUCACGCGAACCCACGCACACAAGCACACAUCCAUCCUCAUCUCUCUUCUCAACAAGAAGUCGUGAUGAUGCGCGCCUCGCCUGUUCUCUGUGCCGGUGUCAGCGGCAUGGCGGUGUACACCCCGCACUGUCGCGUGGACCUCGAGCAGUGGUGCAAGUGGACCGGCAACAGCUGGGACAAGGUGCAGAGCGUCGUGGGCCAGUCCUUCCGCAUCACCAACACGAACGAGAACACCUACACGAUGGCCGCCAACGCCGUGCUGCGCCUGAUCGUCAAGAACAAGAUCGACCCCAGCAAGAUUGGCUUCCUUGGCCUCGGCACGGAGACGUCCUCGGAUAACUCCGCUGGUGCGAUUAUCGUGAAGGGUAUGGUGGACAAGGGUCUGCGGGCGAUGAACAUGCCGGCGAUCUCCCGCCACUGCGAGGUGCCGGAGUUCAAGCACGCGUGCCUGGCCGGCGUGUACGCGAUGGAGAGCGCCACCCGCUUCGCCGCGGCCGACGGCGGGGACCGCAUCGCGAUCGCCGUGGCGUCCGACGUCGCCGAGUACGCCCUCGGCUCCACCGGCGAGCAGACGCAGGGCGCCGGCGCGACGGCCAUGGCGAUUGAGCAGAAACCGAAGCUGUUUGAGAUCCAGCUUCAGUGCAGCGGCUCUGCCUCCGACUACCGCGGCCCGGACUUCCGCAAGCCGCACCGCCGCCACUUCAUGGGCCUCGAGGAGUACAGCAAGAGCUCCGCGAACGGCAAGAUGGCCGACUUCCCCGUCUUCUCCGGCCCCUACAGCACGCUGGUGUACCAGGAGGAGGUGACGGUCGCCGUCGAGCACAUGCUGGAGCGCCUGAACACCGCGCCGGGCAAGUACUACGACGACGUCUCCGCCCUCUUCUUCCACCGCCCCUACAACAUGAUGCCGAUCCAGGCCAUGUCCUUCCUGUACGCCCGAGGACUCGCCCGCGCCACCUCCGACGAGCACAAGGCGUACUUUGCGGAGCUGUGCAAGUCUGCCAAGGCUGACCCUGCGGCGGUCAUCAAGGAGCUCGACGUGAACCCGAUGUACUUCCAGCAGAUCGAGAACGGCGCGGAGCCGAAGGACGCCUUCCCGGCCACCGGCAAGGUCGCCAAGGCGCUGCGCAAGGACAAGAAGUUCAUUGAGCUGCUGGAGAAGAAGAUGAGCAUGGGCAGCGCGGCGAUGGGCAACUUCGGCAACCUCUACACCGCCUCCCUGCCCUGCUGGCUGGCGGCCGGCUUUGAGGAGGCCUACACCCGCAAGCUCGACAUCGCCGGCAAGCCGAUGGUGAUGGUCGGCUACGGCUCCGGCGACGCCAGCAUGGCGAUCCCGAUUGUGCCGGUCCCGGGCUGGGAGAAGGCUGCCGCGAACAUCAACGUCAGCGAGGCCCUGGCGAACCCCAUUAACCUCGACAAGGCGCAGUACGAGGCUCUGCACACCGGCGCGGAGAAGAGCGACGUCGCCAAGGACCUCCGUAACAUGGAGUUCGUGAUUGAGCGCCUGGGCAGCCGCAACGAGGCCGCCUUCCAAGAUGUCGGUAUCGAGUACUACCGCUACAUCCAGUAA